AAUGCAGCAUUCGUUCCAUCGUCACUUCCGGUUAAAGAUGGCAGCGACCUUGUGUGUAAGAUUACUACCGAAACAGGGAUGGCUUCCCCUCACGCAGACGGUUCGCCACGGAUCCAAGUCCGUCACGCGCCACAGGAGGCCGUUGCACAUCCUCAAACAGAAGCUCAUGGCCGUCACGCAGUACAUCCCUCCACCUCGGCUCAUCCCUCCAGGAGCCUAUCCGUCCCAAAGAAAACAAGUCCAGAAGGAUAGUCCUCUCAUGCUGAUCAUGACGAGAGACUUGAAGACAGUGUUCGAAGACUCCAAGAUGAUCGCUGUGGCCCAGAACAACGCCAGCAACGCUCAAGAGAUAAUGGUCCUCAAGCACAGGCUUUACAAACAUGGCAUCACUGUCAAGUUCUUCCCCAACCAGGUAGUUCUGUCGUUCCUGAAAGGCGGCCUUCACUCCAACAUGGCUCCUCUGUUCAUCGGUCCGACGGUUCUGUUUGUUAGUAAAGAGCCUAAAGCGAAGGAGAUGCUGUCGGCGCUGAGGGUCAGCCAGCACAUGACGCUCCUCGGCGCCUGCAUCGACAACACGCUGCUGAGCGCCCAGGCGGUGGUGAGCUACUCCAAGCUGCCGUCGGUGUCGGUAGUCCAGGGCGAGCUGGUCAGCGGGCUGACGAUGCUCACCUCCCACACGGCCUCCAUGCUGCAGCGCCACCCGGCCCACCUGUCGGCCCUCCUGCAGCAGUACGUCAAACAGCGAAGCUCGGAGGGCGCUCCCAAAGCCGAGGAGGCCCCGUAGAGCUGCAGGGGCCCGCUGCAGGUUUCCAGCCGCUUGGAAUGCCGAGGGACUGUUGCGUUGGACGCAUUGAUAUGAUUUCACAAGAGUUAAAGGCAAACGUUUGUAAUUGCCCUGAAAAAUGUAGCCGCUGGUUCACCCAGAAUUAAAUGUUUGACUGGAGCUCUUCAACUGGCGCUGAAUUUAACUCAAUCGUAUAAUGUGCGUCCACGCAGAGGAGCACCGUGGCUGCUGUGAAGGAAGGAAGCUGCAGACUCAACGGUUUUCAGUGCGCCUCAACCUCCUCAAUGGGAGUCUUGGAUGGACACUGCUGCAGAAAUGGGAGUGUCCUCCAAGCAAUUCCUUUAUUUAAGGAUACUGUUGCAUAUGAAUAAACUAUUUCAACACAA